GACGUGGGGCCGGGCCUUCCCUCUCCCGUCCGCCUCCUGAGGUGGCUCUGGCUCAUGGCCCGGGAAUGGGCCCUCUUCUCCGCCAUCUUCUGGGCCCUCACCCGAGGGGCAGCGGGUGGGGGGCUGCCGGCCCUGGUACCGCUGGAGCAGAACGACAUCCAUGGCAACCCCGAGCACGAAGUGAAAAUCUAUGUGAAAGUCCACCAGAGUAGCCCAUUUCUUUCCUGCAUGGAUCUGGAGCUUUCUCAAACAGAAAUUGUAGACCCAUCUUACUUAUGGAUUGGACCCGAUGGAAGGAAUAUAAAAGGUCAAAGUGAAAUGAAUAUUACUGAAACAGGAAAGCUAAUGGUGAAAAAUUUUCAGGAGUCUUUGUCUGGAUCUUACACAUGCACUCUGUCUUAUCAAAACAUCAAAACAGAAAUGCAGACAGAAGAGGAAAUUCUUAAAACAUACGAAUUUAUGUUAUUUGCCUACCGGGAACCUGAUUAUACAUAUCAGAUAUCUGUACGAUUUACCACGCAACACUGUAAAGUAGCAGUUAAUGGUCAGUUCUUCGAAAUGCUGAAGAAAAUAUUAAAUAACUUAAUUUCAGACUUAUCGUGCCAAAUCAUAGAUCCAUCCUAUAAAUGCCAUGUCAUAGAAGCUCCAUCACUUGGCCUUAAGAAUGAGCUAUUUGUAACUUUUGAAGUAAAUCCUUUUGCACCAGGGUGGGAAGUAGCUUGUGACCAAGUUUCUGUUGAUUGCGAAGAUGUCACAAAUGGGAAGAUUCAACAGGCAAAAGAUCAUCUAGAAGAAUUUUUUCGAAAGCAGUCAUACGUUUUGAAACACGAAUUUCAUCACAUUCCAGCCAUCCAUUAUGUCGACCACAGUUUUCAGGUUAUCAGAAUUGACAGCUGUCGACCAGGCUUUGGAAAAAAUGAAAUAACCCACAAUGAUUGUGCUAGCUGCUGUGUGGCUUGUGAUCCCGGAACAUAUAGCCCUAACACUGAUGUGACUUGUCGGACCUGUUCCAGUGCUCAGCUCUACGGAUCUAAAUCUUGCCAGUAAUCUAAAAAAAAUAAUAAUAAUAAUUCACAAAAUCAAAGACGAGAGGUGAAAGCAUCAUUACCUGCGGGGAGGGAAGGAGCCACAUCAACUAUUAAAUAACCCUGAAUCCUCGAGAGCACCCAAGAUGCUUCCAAGAAAUGGCUUCUGAGACGUUCUGGAGAAGCCUAUUUUUGGAAGAAUACAUCCAACUGCGGGAACAUCUUCAAUUUUGAAUGAGGACUCCAUAUCAAGGUAGUGACACUGACAAUUAUUUUUCUGAUAUACUGGCUGCCGUCUUUUCUAGCUGAAAACUUGGAAUAGGGUGAUGCCCCCACCGCUUCAUUUUGCUGGUUUUUCAAAGCAUAACUUGGAACUCAUUUUUGUUGCUUUGGCUUCUUGUCUUAAGAGAGUUUUCUAAGAUUGACCCAAUUGCAGCCUAUAUAUUGAAAUAGACUAGACAUAUUCGCUGCAGA